AGCGCGCUGAGGAUAGGGAAAAAAAACAUGGCGGAAGAGAAGGAAUCCACCUCCAUUCCGCUAAGCCAGGUGGCGAACCCUGAAGACCCAGCCAAAGCGCCCCCAAUUUCUCCCAGUUCCUCCACCAGGAAGGCCUGUGGUGCUGUUCUUCAGAGUUGGGUGUCAAAGAAAUUUAUGACUGGAUGUGUAGUUCUCUUCCCUGUUGCAGUCACUUUUUACAUUACAUGGUGGUUUAUUCAGUUCGUUGAUGGUUUACUAUUAACACUGUUUUACAUUUUGGAUGUUUGA